GGAGCAGCAGCAAACCUCCAGCUCAGUCAGGAUUGAACUCACUCCAAGACCUUGUUUCGUUUAUUCUGGUGUGUUUGGAGGAUGAUGAACUCCACUCUGGGGUCAUAUUUCACGUUGUCUGCGUACAUCGAACUCGGUCUCUUUAAAUACAUGUUUUUCGUGUGUGUUCUGUGUAUCUACAUGGUCAUGGUGUGUGCUAAUGUGCUGCUGAUUGUAGUCAUCUGUAUGAACAGAAGUCUACACGAGCCUAUGUACAUGUUUCUGUGCAGCCUGUUUGUAAAUGAACUGUGUGGGGGCACAAGUGUGUUUCCGUUGCUGCUGGUGCAGAUCCUCUCUGAUGUUCACACCAUCUCUGUUCAUUUCUGUCUCCUGCAGCUCUAUUGCAUACAUACUUAUGGGACUGUGGAAUAUUUACUUUUAACCAUUAUGUCGUAUGAUCGCUACCUCGCCAUCUGUUGCCCUCUGCAGUACAGCACACGCAUGUCGACGUCCACGAUCUCCAAACUGCUCGCUGUGGUGUGGUUGUCCGGGGUCGUCGCAUGUGUCAUCAUGGUCUCUCAGACGUCGUCUAUGCGGCUGUGUGGGAAUGUCAUCGAUAAGGUUUACUGCGACAACUACUCUGUGGUCAGAUUGGCGUGUUCAGAUACGAGCAUCAAAAACAUCUUCGGCCUCAUCGCCACGUUCAGCACCAUUGGUCUUCCUAUGGUCCUCAUCGUAUUUACCUACUUGAAGAUUAUGCUCGUUUGCUCCUCGGGCUGCAAACAGUCACGGCAGAAGGCAUUCAGCACGUGUGUGCCUCACGUGGUAGCGCUGAUCAACUUCUCGGUAGGAUCCUGUUUUGAAAUAGUCCAGAGCAGAUUUAACAUGAAAGGAACUCCAAACAUGCUGAGGAUCAUUCUGUCGCUGUACUGGCUCACGGUGCAGCUGCUCCUCAACCCACUGAUGUAUGGAUUCAACUUGAGUAAAAUACGUAUCAUAUUAAAAAACCGGCCUUUUGCUGAACUGUAGCUGGAAUCAACAAGGUUUCUUGUUUCCAAAAAUGGGACUCAAGUUUGUCUUUUGUUUCCCAUCAUUUUGUUUCAAGUUGUCACUUCAAAUUCCACAAACCAAAAGAUUCAGUUUUAAUGAUAGUCUCAGUUAAGAAG